UAUCUUUUCAUUUCCUUCGGGCGCACAGAUACCAUGCCUCUCAUCAACGAGUCUCACGACUCUCUUCCCUACAUCGACACCGCACCCUCCGCUCAAGCCCGCGCGGCAGCAGAACGACUGAUCACAGCGGAGCUCCCCCACGACCACACGACAGUCACCCACCCCUCCAUCCCCGAAUUUUCCGCCCCCCGAUUCUCCCCCCUCAUCCAACAAGAACUCGACCGUAAAGCCGCCGGCCAACCACUAACCGGCGGCAUCGACCUCUCCCGGUACGAAGCACCUGAGGCGCCAGCCCGGUCCACCGGCCCCGACGCACCCCCAGACCUAGAUGAGUGGCGUCGCACACUGCAGAAGGCAUACACCGCCAGCUCGCAUCUGUCGAUGCGGCAUGAGAAUCUGGCACUGCUGGAAGAGAGCGGCAAGAACGCGUGGUUGAUUGGCAAUUCGCAGCUGGAGGAGAUUCUGCGCGGGCUGGAGAAGGAGCUUGCGGAGAUGAAGGAGGCUGCCGAGACGGUGAAUAAGGAAAGGAAGAUGGCUCAGGAGGCGAGGCAUGGCGAGCUGGUUGGCUUGGAGGAGUCGUGGAAGCAUGGGGUUGGCGCUAUUCUGGAUGUUGAGCUCGCGGCGGAGAACCUGCGGUUGCAGAUUUUGGAGCAGAGACGGCUACUUUCGCAGCAGGCGCGGUAGGCUGCGGUGUUGGAGGCUUCAUCUGCCUUCUUUCUUUCCGCCCUUUCGUGGUGAUGGUGGUGGUGGUGGCUGUCUGGCUAGGCUAGAGACUCGAUUGGCUGAUUGCGCUCACCUAAAGCCAUCUUCCCCAUGGCUGACACUGGGAAGUUGAUGGUUACCUUCAUAGUCAAUUGGACACUCAUCUCAGGGCCUAACAAUCGAUCUGUUGGUCCUGAAGAGAAGAGACAUGCGAGGGGCUUCUUGGGAGCGACCCGGGGAAACGCUACAAGUUUACCCACAGGCUCACUCAAGAGAUGACACCAGUCUUUUCCGAGUAUGCUUGCGACCAGAAGGCGGCCUCGGACGCAUGUUUACCAAUGAGGACCCGGCAGACGCAGGCUAUCCUAUCCAUCAAUACCAAUAAUGAUACCCUAGAUUAUGUG